GUUUUGUUAGGAUAUGAGGCUAAGCUAUGAAUAGAUUCGAGUAUAAGUGCUCUAGAAUUGGGGCCGUCAUAUCUCGAGGUCGAAUCGAGGGGUAUCCUUGAAUGGUGGCAUCGAAGGGUUAUGGACGAUGAAGGCAACCCAAAGGACAACUUCUUGAUCGGAGUUGUGCGUCAAACAUUGCUGGUUCUAAUUUUGUUGCUAUGGAUGUUAUUGCAUUUGGUUGUGGCUAUGAUGGUUGUGAUUGUUUCAAGUCUUGGAAGAGCAGUCAGGUGGCUAGGCGGUUGGAGGACCGAUCUGGGGAUGGAUUAUGAACUCGUGGAGAGGACGGAGAAGGAGAAGUUGUGGCCACCGCAUUCUGUUUGUGACGAUGUUGAAGAAUGAGCAAAGGGUAAGAUGCCCACAACUUCCAAGGUCACUCGACAGGAAUGGAGGAAAGGGAGUCGAAACGACUUUCGAG